UGAGCUAUGACGUCAUUAGUAUAAUAAAAACUCGGUGUAUUUUUGUUAAUAAUUAUUUUGUUUGUCAACAACAAGAUGUCAGAGAAGAAAGAACCUCCGCCAGAUUAUACUGCUCCUCCACCGCAGCCUCAGCCUGUGCACUAUAUCCAAUCUCAGCAACCAAUUCCCGAGGCUUCUCUUCCUAAUGAUUAUCUUAUACUCUCACUGUUCUCAAUCAUUUGUUGCUUCUGGCCAGUUGGUAUCAUUGCUCUCCUUAAAUCUGUUGAGACUCGUCGUUACUGUCAAGAUGGCCGUCUAGCUGAAGCCCAAGCAUCCUCACGUGAAGCAAAGACCUUCAACAUGAUAUCCAUUGGGAUAGGAAUUGCCAUCAAUGUCUUUGUUUGGUUGUUUGUGAUACUAAGCGUUGGGGCAUCUAUUGCUGCUUCUGCAGCAGGUGCAGCUCAAAGAGAUUAAAACAUUCCUACUUCUUUUAUAUUGUUGUGUUAAUCCUUAAAUCAGUGACUACAUACAUUCAAACUAUAAACAAUUUAUUGUGUGUGUUUUAAAUAGAACUUGCUACACUCAUAA